AUGUACAAGAUGAGAGUGAGAGUUCUUCAAUCCAUUAAGAGAUUGUUUAUUCCAAAAAAAUACUGUUAAUAAAACUUCAAAGUUCCACCCUUUACUGCAGGGAUAACAGUUUUGUCUACGACUCUUAUUUUGCAUCUAAAAUAAAAAUCUGAAAAGAAUGAAAUACAAAACAAUCAAUAGAAUAAUAACCCUCCUGAAAGUUACCCUCCUGAAAUACCUAAUUCUGAAAAUAACCCUUCUUAAAAGAUAGAUUCAUAGAAUAAGGAUUCAUAAGCUAAAGAAGCUUAAAAAAAUAAUCAUAAUAAUUCAACAACCUUACCUGAUAACCAUUUUUUUGCUUAUAUUUAGUAUUACUUUGUUCAGCUUCAUUCUCUUUAUCCUCAGAAUACGCUUUCCAUGCCAUAUUCUACUAAGAAAACGCCUCUUUGGAUUAAAGAUUUCCUGAUAGAUAAAAUUCUGUUCUAUCCUACUUAUAUAGCUAAGGAAGAUUAAGAAUAUCGUACAUAGUAACCAGAAUAACCCCCAAAACCACCCCCAUAAUCAUCAUAAUCAGCUUAGUCUGCAUAAUCCCCAUAAUCAGCUUAACCAACAUAACCAUCAUAGCCUGCAUAAUCCCCAUAACUAGCAUAACCAGUAGAGCCUGCAUAAUCCCCAUAACUAGCAUAACCAUUAUAGCCUGCAUAAUCCCCAUAAUCAGCUUAACCAUCAUAACCAGUAUAGCCUGCAUAAUCCCCAUAACCAGCAUAACCAGCAUAACCAGCAUAGCCUGCAUAACCUGCAUAAUCCCCAUAACCAGCAUAACCAGCAUAACCAGCAUAACCCCCAAAACCAGCAGAUCCAUCUUAACAACCAUAACCAAAAGAAAUAGAAUUAAUAAAAUAUCUUCUUGAUAAUUCAUCGAAAAAAAGGAAUGUAGAUGAAAAUUUAAAAUACUAUUUAAUAGGAACAUUAGUGAAAGGGGAAUUUUAGAAUUAUUAUUCAUUGAAAAAAUUAGAAGUAAAAAACAAACUAUUGAGAUAUUGUAAAAAAAUGAUACAUGUAAGAGGUGAUGGAAAUUGUUUUUACACUUCUUUUGGAUAUUAACUAUUAAGAUUAGUGAUUUAUUAAUAUUCUGAUUAAGAAUUUAGAGUAUUUCUCAAUCAAAAUUUCACAAUACCAUUCAAAAUGUAGCUUAAAAAUGAAAUAAUAGGAAGUGAAGAGCAAGGAUCGAUUUUAUUAUAGAAUUAUAAAGAAAGAAUACUCUAUUUAAGAAAUCUUGAACAAAAUUAUCCACAACAUGUUGAUUAUUCAUAAUAAUUGAUGAUACAUUUUAGAGCACAUGAACAGUAAAAUGAUUAAGAUGGUUAUUUAUAGCCAUUGACCGUACUAUUUCUAAGAAAUUUAUGCAUGUAUCUUGUCGAAAAUUGCGAAGAGGGAUAAAAUGUUUUUGAUAAGGAGCAAUUAUUAAAAUGGGAGGAGGAAUGUAAUAGUAAUGAACAGGUGGUUGCAAUAUUAGCAAAGCAUUUUUAAAUACAUGUACAAUUAUUAUAUUUUGAAAAAGAAGAUUUCAAACUAUUUGAAUACUCAACUGAGUAUUAAAAUUAAAAUAGGACAAUCAUCUUGCUUAUUUAACCUGGACAUUACAAUAUUGGUCUUAAAAAUUGA